ACACAGCUUCCAGUCAACUACUACUACUACUACUACUACUAUUACUACUACUACUUCGGUACUUUUUUUUUGCGUGAUUUAAAGCACCGCUUCGACAUCAAACAUGGACGUGACGUGUGUGCUGUCUUUAGUGCUGAGCUUCGCCGCCUGCGUUGUCUCCGCGGAGAGACACAGCGUCUUUUGGAACAGCUCCAAUCCAAACUUCCUGUGGGAUGAGUACGCGGUGGACGUCAGCAUCAACGACUACCUGGACAUCAUCUGCCCCCACUACGCCCUCGGCGAGGUGACGCCGCACAGCGCCGAGCGCUACGUGCUGUACAUGGUGGACAAAGAGGACUACGAGGUGUGCAAGCCGCACUCCUUCGACCAGCUGCGGUGGGAGUGCUCGCGGCCUUUCGCCCCGCACGCCCCCGAAAAGUUCUCCGAGAAGUUCCAGCGCUUCACCCCCUUCACCCUGGGCAAGGAGUUCAGGCAGGGAGAGAGCUACUAUUACAUCUCCAAGCCCAUGCACCACCACGGCCAGGACUGCCUGCGUCUCAGGGUGGACGUGGCCUCCCAGAAAGGCUCGGGAAAACCUCGUCUGGACAAAGCCAAGAAAGUCAUGGAGGAAAGUCUGGAGGCGUCAAAAGCCAAGUUUGUGGGAGGAGUGCACAACCUCUCCAAUCGCCUCCCAGCAGACGACCCCACCGCCAUGGAGCCCAACGUUCUGAGGAGCGUAGGAAGCAGCGGAACGCGGACCGUCUCCUCGUCGCUGUUGCUCAUCACGCUCCUUGCGCUUUCGCUAGCGUUGAUGCUUCACUGAAAAGGAAUGAAAAAAAAAAAACAUUGCAAAAAAACACCAGUGCGGGUCACUGGUGUCACGGACAAGACAGAGUUUUUAUACAAAGACGUGUGUGUGACUUUGUGUGUGAGUGUUGUUGUUGUUGUUGUUGUGGUGUGAAUGUUGGGGCGUGGAGCGCUCCAAAAAACAGGAUCUCAAGUUGUUGUUUUUCUGUUUUUGUUUUUUUAUACCUGAUAAUAAGAAUGAAGCACCAUUUGUUCUCAUACCACUCACCUGGUACAAUUCCUUUGUCUCACUGUGUUCCUCUAUGUCUAGAGGGAGAAUGAGUCGUGUUGAUCAGAGAAAUAGUCACAUAGUGGCGUUUUGUUAUGGAGGAUUUUAUUUGAUUAUUAUUUGUAUCAUGUUGUGUAUGUAGCACUCAACUUCACACUGGUGCCCAUGACAGCUAUCAUGUUCUUAUCCGGGGACAUACUGCAGACACUCACUCAAACUACAGCAUUUUGACCCUUUUCAAAGUGCUUUAAUUGUGCAUAUAUUUAUUGACGUUUUGAAAUUAUUAUGACCGUCAUUAACCCCGAAAGUUAUCACACUCUGUUGUUUAUUUAGAUCACGGGUGGGGAAACCUUCUUCCUGUCCGGAAGAAACCAAGGCAACAAAUUCUACUGCACCUGGAUAUAAGACGACCCCACAUUUUUUUUUAAAGUCAAUGAAAUAUGAAGAACAAAAUCUUUAGACCCCGAAUACACGACAACUAACUUUACAGAUUCUUUAUUUAUUUUUAUUUUCUUUAAAACAACCUUUUUUUUUUCAUUGUUUUUCAUCAGUGAAAAACACCACCAAGAAAAAUCUCCAGAUCCAAACAAUAAGAAAGCGAGGUGGCAACUUGUCCAGGGUGUACCCCGCCUUCCGCCCGAUUGUAGCUGAGAUAGGCGCCAGCGCCCCCCGCGACCCCAAAAGGGAAUGAGCGGUAGAAAAUGGACGGAUGGAUGUUUGUGUAAAGACAAAUAAAAAAAAAAAAAACAUAUUCUCAAUAUUAGUAAAAUAACGGUAGAGUUCUCCAGAUCCCGAAUAUAAGACGACCAACCAUCCAUCGUUCCAUUUUCUAUCUCUUGUCCAUCUCGGGGUUAAGACAAUAAGAGUUUUGGGAAAAUAUUUUUGGUCAUGUUUUCAAUAUCAUUGAACAAAACUCUGGACCCACAACAAAUAUGAGAUAAGAAGUCUUUUUGAAGACCUGUUUUUGAAAUAAAUAAAUAAACAAUAACAUCUCUAGACCACAAAUAUUAGACAAGGCAUGUGUUUUUUUGGAAAUGACGAAAAAUAUAUUAACCAUGUUUUUAUCAGUGAAACAACAACAAACAUCUCUGUUUUUUAUAUUAGUGAAAUAACACAUAUCUCAAGGUUUCAAAUAUAAGACUAUCCCUCAGUUAUGGAAAAAACAUUUUAUAAUCUGUCAAAUAUCUUUGAACAAAACCACAACAAAAUGUUUAGACAAUUUAAAGAUAGCUAGUAUUUUCAAGACCUGUUUUUUGAAAAGCCAAAGAACAACAAAUAUGUCCAGAUUUAAAAUAUAAGACGACCCCUAUUUUUCAAAAACACUUUUUUGAAAAUAUCUAUUGAACUUGGUUUUUAAUACCACUGAAAAAGGCAACAACUAAUUUGUUUAAACAGAUAAAAUAAUAACUAGUUUUUAAGACCUGUUUUCAUGAAAAUACUUAUUUUUGUAUUGUUUUUAAUAUCAGUGAAAUAAAGAAUGAUCUCGACCACAAAUAUAAGGCCGCCCCUGUUUUUCAAACCCUGAUUUUUGAAAAGACAAUAUUAAUUGUCUUUUUUUUUUAUAUAUAUCUGUGGAAAAAAAAAUGAGCCCCGUAUAAGAGGAAUAGUCCUUCUGAGGUGAAAGUCUACUGUAUGUCUUAUAUUCAGGUCAGUAUGGUCACGCACACACACACACAUAUAUAUAUAUAUACAUAUAUAUAUAUAUAUAUAUGUAUAUAAUUUGUUAUCCGUUAUGCAGUGCUCAAUACCGUAGAGCGGAAUAUGUGUUAGGUCAGGAAAAAUCCCCUGAAGAGCAGGGAAACCUGUGAAACAGACUUGUAGGGAUGAAAUAGCCUCGGUGUUUUUAGCUGACCUAACAUGUAUAUAUAUAUAUAUAUAUAUAUAUAUAUAGUGAGCAUUCAGAAAAGUUUUUUUUUUAUUUGGCCUGGGUGAAGUGCUCCCGCGUGCCAUACAGGGCCCACAUGCUGCAGAUUGCCCACCCACCCCUGAUUAGUUUUCCCUCUGGUGUCCAGUCUUUGAGACUGUCCUGGUACACAUUUACUGAAAACUCCCCGAACCGAAACGACUGAAAUACACACACUGGCCACUUUGUUUUCCGUUAUUUGUGUUGUUUUCUACUUGUUUUACAUGUACAUAGGUAAAUAUAUGAAAACUGUUUUAAUAUGUGAAAAAACGUUGUGGAAUAAAAGAAAGGUGUUGUAAUAUA